UCUCUAGUAUUGCCUUCUGGGGAGGACAAGUAGCACCGGACUGACAUUGAAAGUGAAGACUCCUUGGAAAGUGUUGAGGACCCAGAGAAGAAGGAAUGCUGGAGCCUUAUGUACAAGGGAAGAAAGCCUCUGGGAUUCCUGCAAUGGUCUAAGUGCUCCAUGGACUAUUUACAUCUCAGUUACUGGACAAGAAGGAAAGUGCAGUGUGUUCUCAGUCCCAGCUGUGUGACCACAAGAAGUCUGCAAUUGUUGCUCCAAGGAAUGCGAGUAUAGUCAUAUACGCCGAAGAAGGAAUCUCAGCAACUGGAGCUUCAUUUGAACACCACAUCUGACAUCUAGUGUUGAUUUCAAGGAACUACACCGACUGCAACUGCCAAAAUGAUGGCUCAUAACGACUCUUUCGGUGACAGUAUUAUUAUAUUGCAUUAUAAUUACACUGGGAAGUACAAGCAUCCUACCAAGAAUGGUCUGAAGUCAAGCUCUAUUAUAUUUAUAAUUAUCUGCUGCUUCAUUAUAUUGGAGAACAUUCUUGUACUUCUAACCAUCUGGCGAACCAAGAAGUUUCAUCGUCCAAUGUAUUACUUUAUUGGCAACUUGGCACUUUCGGAUUUAUUAGCUGGAGCUGCUUACACCGCCAACAUUCUACUUUCUGGUUCAAAUACGUUCAAGUUGACACCAAUUCAAUGGUUUAUACGGGAAGGAAGUAUGUUUGUUGCUCUAUCUGCUUCGGUCUUCAGUCUCCUGGCAAUUGCUAUUGAGCGCUACAUCACCAUGUUGAAGAUGAAGUUGCACAAUGGUAGCAAAAGCUCAAGGUCCUUCCUUCUGAUUAGUGGCUGUUGGCUUGUGUCUUUAUUCCUCGGAGGUCUACCAAUUAUGGGCUGGAACUGCUUGAAGAAAAUGGAAAAUUGCUCCACUGUUCUUCCCUUGUAUCAUAAACAUUAUAUUCUCUUCUGUACCACCAUUUUCUGCAUAUUAUUGAUGGCUGUUGUCGUCCUAUACGCCAGGAUCUACUUCUUGGUAAGAACACGGAGCAGAAGUCUGACCUUUAGGAAAAACUGCGCCAGAACAAGCAGGAGUUCAGAGAAGUCCAUGGCAUUGCUUAAGACAGUUAUUAUUGUCUUAAGUGUCUUCAUUUUAUGUUGGUCACCACUCUUUAUUUUCCUCUUGUUGGAUUUUGGCUGUGAAGUUAGAGCUUGUGAGGUUCUUUUUAAGGCUGAAUACUUUUUGUCCCUUGCAGUUCUUAACUCUGCCACAAAUCCCAUCAUUUAUACCCUGACCAACAGGGAGAUGAGACGUGCCUUCCUAAAAAUGGCAGUGUGUUGUCAUGGCUCCAUUCUGAACGCAGGGGCAAAAGUUAAAAGGCCAAUUAUCACAGGAAUGGAGUUCAGUCGAAGCAGGUCGGACAAUUCUUCUCACCCACAAAAGGAUGAGGUGGACUACCCAGUGACCCUACUGUCCUCUGGCAAUAUGACUUCCUCCUCCUAACACAUGGACAGCAGACGUGGGUAUGAUAAGCUGCUGUAAGUGGACAUGGCCACCUAAUGGAAUAUCUCCUUAACCUCUGGAGAAUGCUAAGGACAUGCAAAGUCCAGACAAGUAGCAUUAGUUUUGAAUGGAGAUGCAAAGCACUUGACUGAAAAGGAAAAUAAGGAGUAAACAAACUGCAUAAACUAGACAGAUGCUUGUGGAACACUAGUCUUGCCUGGAAGGAUGUGAAUUUCAAUGAACCAUAUUUUAAUGAAGUGGAUCUUUACCUGUGCUUGCAGUGCUACCAUGCAAUCUAAUAACACUUACCGAAAGUGCAUAGGACACUUAGUUAUUAAACUUUCUCUAGAAGAGACAUUCUGGGCACUUGGUUUAUUCUACAUACUUCUAUACUCUCAUCUCUCUCGAAAUAUGUUCUAAAAGUUUGAGUCAACAUGAAUUCUCUGACUCUGAAAGAGUGUAGUUUACGCUUUUCUAAUUUCAGUUCUGAAGGCAUACACCCAGAUCAGAAGUUAAAGUAGAAGUCUGGUCAAAAUCUAAUCUUAAGCCUUCUCCCACCCCCGUUCUAAGUCCUAUACUAACUAGCCUGUAGAGUAGAGAUGUGUAUACUUACCUAUUCCCUGGGUGCUCCAGUCCACCUGAUCUCCCCAGCAGCCGGGUUCAGUGAAGCGGAGAGAUUGCUGACCAAGGCUGAAACUCCUGAAUGGUGACAUCACCCAUAGGCUUACUAUGGGCAGGGGUGGACUGAGCAUUGAGUCACUCGGGCACUGCUCGA